UCUCCUGACCAGGAAGUGAUAUGCCGGAGAGGUCUCUGCUUUGGGUUUGUUUAGACAAUGAUGGAAGAAGAAGAAUUUGAAUUUGCUGAAGAUCUGGAGGCUAUUUUGCAUCUAACUCCAGAGGUGCAACUAGCCAUUGAACAGGUUUUCCCCAGCCAAGACCCGCUGGAUAGAGCCGACUUCAAUGCUGUUGAAUACAUCAACACGCUUUUCCCCACCGAGCAGUCCUUGGCUAACAUUGAUGAUGUGGUAAACAAGAUUCGCCUGAAGAUUCGGCGUCUGGAUGACAACAUCAGGACAGUUGUCAGAGGCCAGACCAAUGUAGGCCAAGAUGGCAGACAGGCUUUGGAGGAGGCCCAGAUAGCCAUCCAGCAGCUCUUUGGAAAAAUCAAAGACAUUAAGGACAAGGCUGAGAAGUCUGAACAAAUGGUCAAAGAGAUUACACGGGACAUCAAGCAGUUGGAUCAUGCCAAGCGCCACCUCACUACUUCCAUCACCACCCUGAACCACCUGCAUAUGCUGGCGGGGGGCGUCGACUCUUUAGAAGCCAUGACCAGAAAGAGGCAGUAUGGUGAGGUGGCCAACUUGCUGCAGGGAGUGGUCAACGUGCUCGAACAUUUCCACAAGUAUAUGGGCAUACCCCAGAUCAGACAGCUUUCAGAGAGAGUAAAGGCGGCACAGAGCGAACUGGGGACUCAGAUCUUGGCAGAUUUUGAAGAAGCCUUCCCCUCUCAGGGCUCGAAGAGACCAGGUGGACCCAGUAACGUGCUGAGAGAUGCCUGCCUGGUGGCAAAUGUGCUCGACCCACGCAUCAAGCAAGAGAUCAUCAAAAAGUUUAUUAGGCAGCACCUCUCAGAGUAUCUGGUCCUCUUCCAGGAAAAUCAAGAUGUUGCUUGGCUUGAUAAAAUUGACCGCCGCUACGCCUGGAUCAAGCGGCAGUUGUUGGACUACGAAGAAAAAUAUGGGCGCAUGUUUCCCGAAGAGUGGUGCAUGACAGAGCGUAUUGCCGUGGAGUUCUGCCACAUCACCAGGGCAGAGCUAGCCAAAGUGAUGCGAACGCGGGCUAAGGAGAUUGAGGUGAAACUGCUUCUGUUUGCCAUUCAGAGAACCACGAACUUUGAGGGCUUGCUGGCUAAACGCUUCACAGGAUGCACUUUGACGGAUGCUCCCGGACAGAAGAGGCCAGAGAGCCCACUAGACCCAACUAACCCCUUUCUGGAGGAUGACCCAGCAGAGGAUGCGGGCACAGAAAAGGAUGAAGAUCUUGCUAAGCCAAAGAAGCCCAAAGCUCCAGACAACCCUUUCCAUGGCAUUGUCUCCAAGUGCUUCGAACCUCAUCUAUAUGUCUACAUAGAAUCUCAAGACAAGAAUCUGGGUGAACUGAUUGACCGGUUUGUGGCUGAUUUUCGGGCACAAGGCCCUCCCAAGGCUGGCACAGAGGAGGGCGGAGCAGUACUGCCCAGCUGUGCUGACCUCUUUGUCUAUUACAAAAAGUGUAUGGUGCAGUGCUCCCAACUGAGUACUGGAGAACCAAUGAUAGCUCUCACAACCAUCUUCCAGAAAUUCCUCAGAGAGUACGCCUGGAAGAUCCUUUCCGGCAACCUGCCUAAAUCCAGCACUAACAGCGGGGGUCUUACCAUCAGCAGUCUGUUGAAGGAAAAAGAAGGCUCUGAAGCAGCAAAGUUCACUGUAGAUGAGCUCUGCCUGAUCUGUAGCAUUCUGAGCACUGCAGAGUACUGUCUGGCUACCACACAGCAGUUGGAAGAGAAACUGAAGGAGAAGGUAGACAAAGUCUUGGUGGAGAGAAUUAAUUUGACAGGGGAGAUGGACACAUUCAGCACUGUGAUCUCAAAUAGUAUCCAACUGCUUGUUCAGGAUCUCGAUGCUGCCUGCGAUCCCGCUCUAACUGCUAUGAGCAAGAUGCCGUGGCAGAGCGUGGAGCAUGUUGGUGACCAGAGUCCUUACGUUACAUCCAUUAUCAUGCACAUUAAACAAAAUGUGCCAAUCAUCAGGGACAAUCUCGCCUCCACACGGAAAUAUUUCACACAGUUUUGCAUCAAGUUCACAAAUUCUUUCAUUCCCAAAUUCAUCAACCACCUGUUCAGAUGUAAGCCUAUCAGCAUGGUGGGAGCUGAACAACUUCUCCUUGACACUCACUCCUUGAAGACAGUCUUGUUGGAUCUGCCCUCCAUAGGCUCCCAGGUGCUCCGCAAGGCACCUGCCAGCUACACCAAGAUAGUGGUUAAAGGCAUGACACGUGCAGAGAUGAUACUGAAGGUGGUGAUGGCCCCACAUGAACCUCCGGUGGUGUUUGUCGAUAACUACAUCAAGCUCCUGGCUGAUGGCAAUCCUGAGACCUUCCAGAAGAUUCUGGAUAUGAAGGGCCUGAAGCGCAGCGAACAGAGCAGCAUGCUGGAGCUCUUCAGGCAAAGGCUACCCACUCCACCCUCGGGAGCAGACGGCGGCCCCUCUCUGUCCUUCAGUACACCCACCCCUGAGCAAGAAUCCUCACGUAUCCGCAAACUAGAGAAGCUCAUUAAGAAGAGACUGUGAAAUCACAUCUUGAAAAGCGUAGGCUGGCAUGGCCUUCAACUUUGUUGCGGUUAUUCAUCUCAAAGACUCCAUCAUGCUCCAUUUGGUUGUCAUGCAGAAAGGGGGGGGGGGCUGAAUUUUCUGUCUGAUACGCACCCAAGCUGAGGGUGGAUUAUGAAGAAGCUUCCUCAACUGUUAUUUGACUGUUAGAUGUGUCACGUAUUUCUGUGGUUUCAUUACACUAAAGCCUGAGCUUUGUAACAUUACUUGAUUGUUGCACAGUGUUCUUGCAGAUUGUGGACUUGUUGACUAAAACUGAUCAGAGAGCUUCUGGCUGCUCCAUUUGACAUAUCUAUUCCGGGAUGAUUAUAUGAAGCCUGAUGUUAAUUAAAGCUGAAAAUAAUAUACUUAAAGGAUAACCAU